GACAAUUUUCCUUUCUGGUCGCUGCCCUUUUUUGAGUCUCGUCGUCGGCUGUUGAGGUGUUCUCUUCUUUUCCUGGCCGCGUUCAGCGGGUGUCUUCUUGAGUUUUGCGAAGAGUGCUUUCUCAGCAGAGUGACCUGAAUUGGAUUUUUUUUCUCGGCACUUCAGUUGUCUAGCCAACUGUUUCUCGUUGUAACAAACGCGACGGACGGGCUGUUUUCGCUUGAUGCGACCGCUUUUCUCACCCGCUUUCGAGAGGUGCGCUGAUUUCCGCCACAGAAAAUUCCAGUCUUUGUGUUUGUCUCGCGGCUUUUCUGUUUCGCGAACUUUGGAAGACCAGAAAUCUCGCCUUUUCCCCGCCGUUCGGUUUAGUCGGUUUCUCUCCAUACGCUUUCCCUAUUUUUUUUAUCUGUGUCUCAACGUUCGCCCUUCUUUCUUCGCGUCGACGCCGACGGCGUCUCCGGUCACAUUUUCUUCCUUUUUCGUUUGUUUGUCUGCUUCGUUUUUUAGACGGGGCGCGCCUGGUCUCCACCUUCUCCGUAUUUUGGAACUCCCGUUUCCUUCCGUCUCUUUCGUUGCUUUUCUGGCCUCCCCGGUGUACGCACAAAGUGUGUAUGCACACGGCUCUGUGGAACAACAAUCCUUUUUCAGAAACGAAAAAAUGUCGAUCCGAUCCUUGAGCGACUUGCAGCGGCGGGAGGACGGAGAAAAGAAAAACACCUCGAGUUUCACAGGAGGAGAACGCUCCGGCCUCGCGGUCGAAAACCCCUCUGACGAGGAAUCCCCAAUUGGAGACUUUGCGCAUGCAGUAAGAGGAGCUGCACCUCCAGGGGCGCGGCGCGUCACGGUGUACAGAAACGGUUUCAUAGUGGACGACGGCGAGUUUCGCUCGCUGGAGGAUCCAGACAAUGUUCGAUUUCUUGAUGAAUUGAAGGCGGGCUUUGCUCCUCGGGAGCUGCAGGAGGGCGGCCGGCGCGUCCACGUGGAAUUGGUGAAUAAGCAGUCGGAAGUCUAUCAUCCGCCGCCUCCUCCGGCGUACGUGUUGUUCAGUGGAGACGGCCAGCGGUUGUCUGCAGACGAAGGUGUGGCGAGAGGCACUUCAGCACCGCGGGGCGAUGUGGAUGUCAGCCGCGGCGCGGUGGCGGUCGAUGAGAGUCAGCCCACGACCAUGCUCCAGUUCCGUCUCCACGAUGGGCAGAGACGAACUCAGAGAUUCAACGAAACUCACACCAUUGCCGACCUACGCGAAUUCGUUUCCCAGGUGGCACCAGUAAAUGGAGAAGUCCGUCUUCUUGAGGGUUUCCCCCCGAAAGAAAUCACUGCAGCGCCGUCGGCGACCAUCAAAGAAGCGGGCCUUCUCAAUGCAGCCAUUGUUCAGAAGAUAUGCUAGACGACAAGGAACGGACAAGGACUGGCGAGUUCCCCGCGCAGACGCCAAACUCAGAGAGAGGAAAGAGCGCCGCUAGAAGAGCAGAACUGAGAGGGAAUGACGAUUGCAACAGGGAGAAGGAGGAUGUGAGAAGCAAAGCGGAGCUGGAGCAGGAGAGAACGGUGAAUUUGAUACGUGAGCCGGAGAGUGAAGCGACGACGCGGGGACCACGAGAGAGAAAAGACGAAAGGGGCGAUCGAAGAGGAGGCGGAUGCAGAGGAGAACAGCGCAAGGACAGGAAGAGAGAAGACGAGGAAAAGAAGGAGGGAAGCUGACUAUUGAUCUUUGCUGUUGGUCGUGACCCCCUCUUUCCCCAACCGACUGAGACAAAGAGAGAAGACUGGUGGCUGUUGUCAGAACGGGGUACAGGUGCGUCUCUGUCCCCUGUUUUUUUGAGUUGACAUUCCUGUCUUUCGCAGAUUUGCACAGAUUUAGCAGAGCCAGUAUGGAGAGGUUGGACCGCUCGCGCUCGUGCUCUUUUUCUGUGCGUCGGAAUCUCUUGUGUCCAAUGAGUCUGUCGUUUUCAAGAAGCAAAUGGCGAGACCAAGAAGAGGUUCUCUCUCUUCGAUAGGAGCCUAGAACCAGGUUGGGGGGUUGACGGCCUACGAGGACAUGAGAACACUCGCGGCAUUUUAGAAGUUCUUCUUUCAUCGCUCUUGGCUCGCCAAGAGGAGAACAGAAUGGCUGACGUUGAGCAAAGGAAAUCGCAGGUGUUCCUUU